GCAGAGUUUUGGGAGUUGCUGGACAGCCAUUGCAGUGUCGUGGCUCAGUAACAAAACACGAAAAGGGAGAGGAAGACCUGGCAUUCCGCAGGCUCUCUUUUUUGCCACCGGGAGACCAAUUUACAUGACUAAAAGAGAAAAUACACUCGGUAAAAUAAUCUACAUCUAAACAACGGACACUGAAGAAUUGAGGUAGAUCGUAAAAAGGGCAAACUGUCAAAACGUAGCGUGGCGAUUUUUGAAUUCAACAGCUCCGGAUAUGUCAGGCAUAAUAGAAUGGUUUUAUCAAAGUAUCAAUGGCGUACUACAGUUUUUAGGACUGUACAAGAAAUCCGGCAAGUUGGUAUUUCUUGGCCUGGAUAAUGCUGGCAAAACGACGCUAUUGCACAUGCUCAAAGAUGACAGAAUGGGACAGCAUGUGCCAACUUUACAUCCGACCUCGGAAGAGCUGACGAUUGCUGGCAUGACUUUCACCACCUUUGACCUUGGAGGCCACGCACAAGCCCGCAGAGUGUGGAAAAACUACCUCCCUGCCAUUAAUGGCAUUGUCUUCCUUGUGGAUUGUGCAGACUUCAUCAGAUUGGCCGAAUCAAAAGCAGAACUUGACGCAUUAAUGACAGACGAAACUAUUGGAAACGUGCCUAUCCUGAUCCUGGGCAACAAGAUCGACAGACCAGAGGCCAUCAGCGAGGAGAAGUUGAGGGAAAUCUUUGGAUUGUAUGGACAGACGACAGGCAAGGGCACCAUUCCCAUGAAGGAGCUGAACACAAGACCACUGGAAGUGUUCAUGUGCAGCGUGUUGAAGAGGCAGGGCUACGGCGACGGCUUCCGCUGGCUCUCCCAGUAUAUCGACUAAAGCAGCCAAGCCCAGGAACACACCGACACCACCACCACCACCACCAUCAGGGGGGCGCUAAACCCAACCACUCAAGACGCCCACCGUUGCCACCAGUACCAUCAUACUUAGCCCCAUGUUCGGUUAAACAAAUCUGCCUCCACCUCCAGAGAAACCAGUACAACUUGAUCCCAAUAGACUUUUAUUGGUCGAACAUUUGGUUCCGCACUUACAGAAUUCAUACCUGUAUGAGCGCGCGCACACUCGUUUCCAUCUCUCUGUCUUUUUCUAAGAGAGUAACAUAGCAUUGGUUCCACAGCAAAGGGUGUUCAAAUUCAAACGGAUGAAUCUUUUCUAUAUUGUGUCUGUCGUUUGCUGCCCUCUUUCCCUCCCUUCCUGCCAUCUGUUGAGUGUGACAAUAGAUGCAUUAUAACUGUAAAUCUGUACAUGAUUCCAUUGGUAUAUCAACAAUCCCGAUGCCUCUUCCCCUUCUUCAACUCAGUUUGAGCAAUGAGAGAGAGCAACUUAGUUGUAUACAUUGCAGUACACUUUUUUAACAGUUAAGACAUUCAUUCAAUGUUGUAUUUAAUCACAUUUGAUUUGUCCUGUUUUUUUUGUUUUGUUUUGUUUUUUACAUGAUUUCAGUAAAUAAACUGCGUGGCCACGUAUACAGCCCUCACUAUAGAUGUGUGGCUGUUUCACCCAUUUAUUAAAAUGGACCAGUGCAUUUAUCUUAGCAAAUCAGAAAUUAGAUCAAUUUCUUUAGAUUUCUUGGAAGUUAAAACACUUUUGUUCCUGACUUCUGUUUUGUGGGCACAGUAGCAUUGAAUGGAUCCAAGUGGACUCCCCUUUUUAAAGAGAUGCAUGGGGUGGUAGUUCAACAGAUGGGAGAAGAAUUUUAGGUAAUAAUACGAGCUGUAACCCAGGCAUGGUUUGAUGAAAUUGUGCACAUGGCACAAUGGUCAUCUGAUGCGAAGAAAACUAUUUAAAUAAAUGAGAUGUGGGGAUAAAUAGCCUGAUGAUAACAUGCAGUAAGAGAUGAAGGGAGGAAUAAACAGAUGGGUGUAACAUCUAGUAGCCUAAUCACCAAUGUUAGAAGUCCAUCCUGCAGAUACAUUUUCUGGCGCAGACCUUUGUACAGGGUGAAUCUAGUGACCAAGCGUAGAUAAGGACACAGUCCCACAGUGGGAACAGGUAGGUAGGCCUAAGACACCUCUAAGAAAGGGACCAUAUAUAUAUAUAUGAAAUGUACAUGAACAUCGUACAUGGAUUUUGUACUUAUAAGUGGUAUCCUUUGAUCUAUGUGCAUUACCAGAAACUAUUAUGCAUGCCUUGUUCUUUUUGAUUUUUAUUGACCAUUAUACCAGAGAGUACAACAGGAGGGAAAAAGAUGCCAAAAUUUACAAUGAGAGCUGAUUGUCAUGUUUUUUAACAGAAACAAUGGAAUUGCGCGUAAUACACUUUUUCUGUCCCUGUCCCUUUGUGUCUCUUUCAUUCCCUCAUGACCACGUGAUGAGCUGUUCCAACCAGGGUGGGACUUGCUGUUGUUUGCAUCAUAAAAAAAUGUAAUAAAUGUUUUCAAUGAAUAACAGGCUUUAACAUUGA